AUGAAAAGACAACAUAAUGAUACAAUUUCUUCAAACAAUUCUGAAUUCACCAAAACCAAAUUAAGGAAAACUACUAAUAUGACAAGUUAUCCUUCUCCAACAUAUUCAUUCGAAGAAAGUAGUGAUUAUUAUCGAGUUCCAAUUGGUAGACCAACUACUCCAGUUGAUAAAAUUAUCAAUUCACUUGAAACAAUGCCGAUAUCUCCAAUUAAGAAUAACAAGGGAGAAUUAACUUUUACUCCAACAACUUGGACAACUUCUAUGGAUCUUUACAAAGUAAGACCGAAAAUAAGCCCAAGACCAAGUCCAACCCCAAGUCCUGUUGGAACCCCACCUCCUGUUCGUAGUCCAACUCCAACUCCAAGUUCCUAUCCCAGUCCCAGUCCACGUCAACGUCAACAACAACAUUGCCAAACAAAUCAAAGAUUGUUGUCACAUAAUGAUUUAAACUCAGUUUCAAUCCUCCCAGAAAUGGAGAUCUAUUCGGAAAAUGAACCAGAAGGUAAACUCCAAAAAUUAGAAACUACUAUUACAACAAAGAAUAAUUUACAAAUUACUAAUUGUUUCAAUCCAUUUGUAUGCUUAAAUUUCAACCCCUUUGCACCAUUUACUAAUUCUCCAUAUCCAUUUAGUUACAGUCAACAACAAAAAACUAAUGCUAAUACUAAGAAUGCCAUUGUUUGUCCAACUCUUUUACCACCACCGAUAUUUUUGUCAGAAAAAAAUAGUACAAAUAAAAUUACAAAUGAAAAUUUCCCAUUUCUUUUCAUCACUGGUGGUUCAAGAACUGAUAAUGUUGUUUGUACUAAUCCAAAAUGUCCAUGUGAUGCCAAACCAUCAUAUUUUGUUGAAAAAUUUUUCAAUUAUUGA